AUGCGGGUCUAUUUAAUGGUGUGCUGCCUUAUUUUCUACACCGUCAAUGGACAAGUAGAGUACUCCAUCCCCGAAGAAACGGAGCCCGGCACGCCUGUCGGGAACCUAGCGCAGGAUCUGGGUAUCGUGGCCGCGACGCUUCCCUCCCGGAAAUUCCGCAUGAUCACCAGCUCCAGCAAGCAAUAUUUUAGCCUCGAUGCAAGCACCGGAGCUUUGUCUGUCAAGGAGCCCAUCGACCGGGAGCAGAUCUGCGCGCUGAAACCUACCUGCUCUCUGAAUUACGAACUGGUGCUAGAAAACCCCUUGGAGCUUUAUAAAAUGCAGUUUAAAAUACUGGACGUGAACGACAAUGCCCCCAUCUUCCCGCUAGACGAGUACCAUUUGAACGUGGCCGAGUUCCUGGCGCCGGGAGCUCGCUUUACCCUGCCCAACGCCCAGGACCCCGACGAAGGCAUCAACGGCGUGCAGAGCUACACGCUCAGCCCCAACGAGCUUUUCCGACUGGAAAUGCAAACGCGCGGGGACGGCAGCAGGUAUCCGGAACUGGUGCUGGAGAAGCCCUUGGACCGCGAGCAGCAAGCCACGCACAGGCUUGUGGUCACAGCCAAAGAUGGAGGGACGCCCCAGAGGUCCGGAGACGCCCAGGUCGUGGUCACCGUCCUUGACACCAAUGACAACGCCCCCGCCUUCGAGCAUUCCGUCUACAGGGCCAGCGUCUCUGAAAACUCCCCCAAUGGCACCCUGGUCACUCAAGUGCACGCCACCGACUUAGAUGAAGGUCAGAACGGGGAGGUCCGGUAUGCCUUCAGCAACAGCACCCCUGCUGAGCUCCAGAAGAUGUUCCACAUCAACCCCCAGACCGGGGAGAUAAGAGUAAGUGGGAGUUUAGGCGCCCGGAAGCCCCUCCUGGAGAUGUUCAUUGAAGCAAGAGAUAAAGGGGUCUUUGGUAUGUCCACUGUAGCCAAGCUGCUGGUGGAAAUAAUUGAUGUGAAGAACAAUGCUCCGGAGAUCACUGUUACUUCUCUUUCUAGCCCCAUCCCAGAGGAUUCCUCUCUGGGCACAGUGAUAGCGCUCCUGAGCAUCACCGAUGAAGAUCCUGGAGAGAAUGGGAAAGUCAUUUGCCAGAUCCCCACCAACAUCCCCUUCCAACUCAAGUCCUCUUUUGAUAGUUACUACAGUGUGGUCACCAGCGGCCUUCUAGAUCGGGAACGGGUCAGCGAAUACAACAUUACUGUCACUGCCUCUGAUCUGGGCUCCCCUCCCAUUGCCACUCAGAAGACUCUGCGGGUGCACAUUGCGGAUGUGAACGACAAUCCCCCUAAGUUCCUCAACCAGAUGCGUGAAGUUUCCAUAAUGGAGAACAACAAGCCUGGGGUGUCCCUUUUUCAUGUGUCGGCCUCUGAUCCAGACCUGGGGGAGAAUGGUCGGGUCUCCUACCUACUCAGGGACAUUGACAUCCAAGGCAGCUCCUUGACCAGCUAUUUGGCCAUUGAUGCAGACAGUGGAAUUGUCUAUGCAAAGGGUAUUUUUGACUUUGAGCAACUCCAGAGCUUCCAUUUUCAAGUGGAGGCCAAGGACAAUGGCUCUCCAGCCCUGGCUUCCGCCUUCAUAGUCAGCAUUACCAUCCUUGACCAGAAUGACAAUGCCCCAAUCAUCUUGUACCCAGGGGUGAGGAAUGGCUCAGUGGCGGUAGAAAUUGUUCCCCGCUUGGCAGAUGCUGACUACCUGGUGGCCAAGGUAGUGGCCCACGACCCAGACAGUGGGCAGAACGCCUGGCUUUCUUAUCACCUCUUGCAGUCUUCCGACAGCAGUUUGUUUCGAGUUUCACCCAAUGCUGGAGAGGUCAGGACUAGUCGCUCCAUGAGGUCUAGUGACCCCAUCAAGCACAAAGUUGUGGUCUUGGUAAAGGACAGUGGGGAGCCUCCCCUCUCCUCCUCCGUGACCUUGGGCAUCCUGCUGGCUGACUCUCUCCCACAAGCGCUCCCGGACUUUGAUGACAGCUUGGAAGCACGUGGGCAGCAGCUGUCCAGCUUGAACUUUUACUUGAUCAUUGGUCUAGCUUGCCUUUCCUUUGUCUUCCUUGGCUUUCUAAUCUUCCUUCUUGCCAUUCGGCUUUUUCACUGUAGGACUAGUCCCUCAUGCAGCUGCUGCUGCUGCUGCCCCACAGAUGAGUAUGAAAAGUAUCGCUACAAUGUGCGCAUGCUCCCAAGUUCUCAUUUUACACCAGAGAUGGUCGAGGUUGCAGGCAUGGGGAAGCUUACGCACACCUAUUUGUAUAGGGCAUCUCUGGGUGUUGGGCCUAGCAAUAACAACUUGAUGCCCAAUGGAGAUGCCGGAAACCUUUCCAAGGGGGCAGGAUUAUUACAAGUGCCAGCAUCUUGCAUUCAAGUGCAGAAGGUGAAGAGUGACCACUUUAAUGCCAUUCUGGUGGUAAGCAGGGUUUUCUUUUAA